AUGGAAAACUUGACAGCAGCCCCGGAGAAGAACCACACUUUGGGAAUCUGGGCCGACUACAGCGUCCAGUACAAAGUGAUAAGCAGUGUAUUGCUCUUCGUCAUCUGUGCUCUAGGAAUCGUGGGCAACGUGAUGGUCAUCCUGGUGGUGCUCACCACAAAGCACAUGCGGACGCCCACCAACUGCUACCUGGUGAGUUUGGCUGUGGCCGAUCUGAUGGUGCUAACGGCGGCCGGUCUGCCGACCAUCGCGGACAGCCUCUUCGGAUCUUGGGUGUUUGGCCACUACGGUUGCCUCUGCAUAACCUACUUCCAGUACCUCGGGAUCAACGCCUCCUCCUGCUCCAUAACAGCGUUCACUAUAGAGAGAUACAUUGCCAUCUGUCACCCCAUUAAAGCUCAGUUUCUCUGCACUUUGUCCAGAGCGAAAAAGAUCAUCUUGUUCGUCUGGGCUUUCACUUCUCUGUACUGCGUGAUGUGGUUCUACCUGUCAGACAUCCAGGAGGUGGUGUACGACAACAUCACCGUCGUCACCUGCGGCUACAGAGUGCCCAGGAAGUUUUAUUUACCCGUUUACUUCUUCGAUUUCGGCGUCUUUUUCGUGCUGCCGCUGCUGCUCUCCGCGGUUCUGUACGGGCUCAUCGCCCGGAUCCUCUUCCUCAACCCGCUGCCCUCCGACCCCAAGGACAAGAGGAAUAGGAAGAAGGGCGGGCUACACAGCGGCCAGGCCAACAGCAAGAGCAUCGGCUGCAAGAACUCCCGUCACUCCAGCUCCACCGCGACCUCGCGCAGACAGGUGACCAAGAUGCUGGCCGUGGUGGUGAUCCUGUUCGCCCUGCUCUGGAUGCCGUACCGCACUCUGGUGGUGAUCAACUCCUUCCUGGACCGGGCCUACCUGGACCACUGGUUCCUGCUCUUCUGCCGGAUCUGCGUCUACCUCAACAGCGCCAUCAACCCGGUCAUCUACAACGCCAUGUCUCAGAAGUUUCGCGCCGCUUUCCGCAAGAUCUGCCGCUGCGCGGGGAAGGGCUCGGAUAAGCCCGCCGCCUACAGCAUGGCGCUCACCUACAGCGUCGUCAAGGAGACGUCGAUGGCGGAGAGCGCCGAUCACUUCACGACAGAGCUGGACGAGCUCACCGUCACGGACGAACUGCUGUCUGAUCGGAAAACGACGUUUCCGGAACCCCGCGUGUACGGACAGGUGAAUUUCAGUGACGCCUGA